CUGCCUGGGGAGGAAGAAAAGUAUUCCUAAUUUAUUUUAACCCCUAUUAUUUAACACUUUUUCUUUUUUACAAUUAAUCAAAAAUUUGACUACCUGAAGUGGGAAAUGGAGAUUAUAACCAGUAGGUUAAGAGUCACCGUAAGCAGAGAAAUGCAGGACAGCCCAAUGUAAGCAAGCAGAGAUACAAAGUAGGAAUGUGUGGCUGUCCUGCAGGAGGUGUUGAGGAGGUGUGGGAAGCACAGAGCUGUUUCUUCAAGGGAAUCCAUCAUGUGAGAGAGCAGAGAUGAGAAGCUGCUGAGCCCUGCCACUUGCCUGCCAGACACUUUAUCAUAUUGCUGCUUUACUGUAUGUCUCCUGGUCUUUCUAAUCCCUCCUAUUUUUUCCCUCUGGUGACACCAGAUCCAACAUCCAUUUAGCCAUAGGAACUCAUUUUAUUUCAUUCAUCAACUUGUCUAUGUACAUAUCAUUAAUUUGUUAAUGUCCACAUUAUUUUAACUUUACAUUGUUACAUUUUAACUUUAUAAAAUGAACAUAAGCUAAUGGUCAAAAUAACAAACUGUGUAUUCUAUGGAUAGAAGUUGUUUGCCAAGGCAGCCUCGUCUAAAAGUCACUACUAAUAGCUUUUGAUCGGUUUCAUUGUGUAUGAUGGAGAAGUGGUUUCAUUUCGUCUUUUAGUGAUUCCUUUACACAUUUCUGAUGAUGGAGGAAGUGACUUCCUGUAACUCUGCAUUAGUGAAAUGCUUUGUUUUAUGUUUGUUUUCUAUUCUCUAUUUGAUUGACUUUGUUAUCUACAGUUCUGUUAUCUCAGUUCUCUGUGAGGGAGGGACCUAGAAAAUGUAAAUGACUCAGUAGGAGGGAUUUUGGUUGGGUUGGCUGAAGUAGGCUAAGGAAAGGCGAGUGAGGGAAGAGAAACAGGAUAAAUGACCAGACCAUAUGACAGAUUUGCCAGGGCUCAGUAGCGUCUCUUAACAUUCUGUCUGGUAAUGGAGACUCCAAAAGAAACCGAGCUUUGCUUUCCACUUUUCCUGAACUCCUCCUGCAGCAAGCUGAAACGCCCACAUGCUGAGGUUGUGUUUAUUUACAUUGUGUUGUCGUCCAUUUCUCUGCUCACUGCGACUCUCAACUUGCUGGUCAUUAUCUCCAUCUCUCACUUCAAGCAGCUCCACACCCCCACCAACCUCCUUCUCCUCUCUCUGGCUGUAUCCGAUUUUUCUGUGGGCAUCAUUAUGUGUUUUCAGAUUAUCCUCACGAAUGACUGCUGGUUCCUGGGGGACCUCAUUUGCACUCUGUAUUGUACUUUAGAGUUUGUUAUAACCUCUUCCUCCGUGGGUAACAUGGUUCUCAUAUCAGUCGACCGUUAUGUAGCCAUUUGUGACCCUCUGCAUUACCACACUAAAGUCACUAUACGUGGAGUGACCAAUUGCACCUGCCUCUGUUGGCUCUGCUCUGUCCUGUACAACAGUUUCAUCAUGAGGGACAACCUGAAGCAGCCUGGCAAGUACAAUUCCUGCUCUGGAGAAUGUGUGACUGUCAUUGACUAUAUUGCGGGGGUUUUUGACCUGUUUCUUACGUUCAUUGGUCCGGUCACUGUCAUCAUAGUUCUGUAUUUGAGAGUGUUUGUGGUGGCUGUGUCUCAUGCUCGAGCUAUGAAUCCUCAUGUUAAAACUCUCAUGUUUCAACAGUCAGUAGCUGUGCAUAUUAAGAAAUCGGAGAUAAAAGCAGCCAGAACUCUGGGUGUUGUCAUUGUUGUGUUUCUGACCUGUCUUUCUCCGUAUUACUGCUCCUCUCUUGUCGGCAGGAACACUUUGUUUGGCAUCACAUCUGUUCCCUUGGAGACCUGGCUAUUCUAUUUCAACUCUUGCCUGAACCCAGUGAUUUAUGCAUUUUGUUAUCCGUGGUUUCUAAAGUCUGUUAAACUCAUUGCUACUUUUGAGAUCCUUCAACCUGACUCCUGUAAUGCCAACAUACUGUAGACUGACACUGUGUAGUUCAUGAUUGUUGUAUAUUCUGUUGAACAGCAUGAGAGCUCAAAUCCAUUCUAAUAGAAUGUUGAAAAAUGCACCAGCAACGUUGUUUCUGUAUGAUACAAUCCAAACUUUGAUAAUAUUAACUGCUUUUUAGUUUUCAGUUUUUGGCACUCAUUUAGAAAUACAAACUUUACAAUUAAAAUAUUAACCCUUUGUCACGAUUCAUGUCAGUUCCUGCUUUAUUCUGAAAGGACUUCCUGUUCACAUCUCACCUCAGCUGUUUCUGUCAUCACCGGUUCCCAUUACCCACACCUGUCCGUAAUUAGUAAAUCAACACCAGUAUUUAGUCUCCACCUCUAACACACUCUAGCUGCCAGAUUGUUGAAUCAUAGCACCACUAUCCAGCGUUCUAGUCUUGUAGUUUCAUGUUGCUGGUCUUGCCUGCUUUUGACCGCUUUGCUGUUUGCUCGCCUCCGGGUAUAACCACGCACCGGAGCGAUGGAGUUUUUUUUCCCCGAGCUUACCGGAGGAAAUCCGCGGCGAUUUCCAGAGACUGGCUAAGAAAUAUGCGGAAGCGGGCAGUCCCAAGGCGUUGUAAACGUGGCCAUUGAAAUUCUGGAGGACGAGUUUUGGUGGCGUGAGUACCCCGGAGUGCAGGCACUCUUUGACAGGCUCCAGCUGAUGCGGAGGGAUUUGGCACUCGCGCUGCGCGCUCCGGCGGCCCACGUCUCCGUUCCUGCCGCCAAACCAGCGGAUCAUGUUCACGUUCCUGUCGCCGCUCCGGCGGUUCACGUCUCCGUUCCUGCCGCCAAUCCAGCGGAUCAUGUUCCCGUUCCUGUCGCCGCUCUGGCGGUUCACGUUCCUGUCACCGCUCCGGCGCCUCCAACCCAAGCUUUAAACGCCGCCGCCUCUGUUCGCCACUCGGACCCAGCUACAGAGACCCAGCCCCCGCCGCUCUUAGCGCCUCAGACGACGGUCAGCCGCAGGCGCUCCAGACGGUGUCUGCGAGGGCACGGUUCCGGGGUCCAGGGUCCAGAGACCUCGGUCGCGGUGGCCGAGCAGCUCUCCUCCCCGGCAAAGGAUUCCCUCGGUUUCCCUACUGACUGUGUCAUGUCGA